AUGUACGACCGUCGAGGGUCGACGUCAAUGCGGGUCCGCCAGGAGCGGCCGCAGACGGCGGGUACCUACACGGGGAUCCGCAGAACGCGGGAAAGGCGGGCGGAAAGCAUAAAUGCACUUCGUCGCGGGGCAGGUCGGAAUAAGGACGGGAGAAAGGGAAUCAUACGGGAGCGUUGCGGUGGAAAGGUCGCGGCGCGCGUGCGUUUUCCCGAGCCGCUAGUCGCGCGGAAGGCAAGACGACGGGGAAGGGAAGGCAGCAACCGCAGAUAUCGGCAAAGCAAACAAAAAGUCGAACGAUUCAACUUGAGUUCUGUGGAAGUUGGCUGCAAAAAAACUCGGGUUCCCUGUCGAGCACAAGCGCAGCGAAAAGUUUUGCGGAAAUGCCCGCCAAGGCAUGCGCAGCCGGAGUCCGGGACACAUGCACAUACUUCUUUUCGGGGGUGCCGACUUCGAGUUUGCGUCCUCGGAGAGGAAGCCAAGACAAGGAGGCGUAAAUUGGAUUCCUCACACAUUUGCAUUUCACAGACACAACACGCAGAAUGGUGGUUGCCAUGUUUUUCUUCAGGGACCAAGUGACCAGACGCAGUGGAGCAAACUCCAGGUUCGUGCGCAGACACUACCGCGCUAGAGGAGGGCAAGUCUACAACAUCUGUGCGUGGAGUCUGCCUUGAAAAACUGGCGCGCGAAAACUCUUUGGAAGGCGCUUCCUC